CCUCACAACCAAAUCACUGAAAUGGACAUUUCUCAGGAAAUAACUGACUAGAGCUUUGCAACCGUACAUCUGAGCAGAGCCUGGGAGGAAGAAGUAGGAUUCAGAGUUAGUCCUUUUUCUCUGCUGCAGAAAAGGAAUCAUGGAAGGUGCUCUGGCUGUUAGAACAGUGAUGAUAGCUGUCGUGGUAGCCCACUGUGGAGCUGUGCCCACCGCUUCACCCAGCCAAGAAGAGCUCACUAAAGCCCAGGCCUAUCUGUCUCGGUUUUUCUCUGACGUGGGUGUCAGUGCCCCCAACAGCAUCUGGCGCAGCUCUCUGGAUUCCUUUGAAGACACUCUGAGAAAAAUGCAGGAGUUUUUUGGCCUGGAGGUGACGGGGAAGCUGGACUCCAACACCGCCGAGGUGAUGGCUCGACCCCGCUGCGGUGUCACAGAUGUGAACAGAUAUGCCCACUUUGACGGUCUGCCAAUGUGGGAGAAGGCCGUGAUCACAUACAGGAUAACUGACUACACAGCAGACUUGAGUCAGAGUGAUGUGGAUGCCAACAUAGCCAAGGCUCUGCAGCUCUACAGCGACGUCAUUCCUCUGGACUUCAAGCAGAUCGACAGCGGCACCGCUGACAUCAUGAUCAUGUUCAAGAGUCGAGACCACGGAGAUUUUGCUGUGUUCGACGGGCAGGGUGGUGUCUUGGCCCAUGCAUUCUCCCCCGGAGAAGGCAACGGAGGUGACACCCAUUUCGAUGAAGAUGAAGACUGGACUCAAACCUCAGCAGGAGCCAACCUGUUCCUGGUGGCAGCUCAUGAGUUUGGCCAUGCACUGGGAUUAUCCCACUCCAAGGUCCAGACAGCCCUGAUGUAUCCCACCUACCAAUAUGUGAACACGGAGGGCUACAAGCUACCAGAUGAUGACAGACAGGGAGUACAGGCUAUUUACGGAGUCAGAGCAACAUCAGCUCAGCCCACGACUAAACCUGACCCAAAUGCACAGCCUACCAAACAACCAGGACCACAACCUAGACCUGAACCAGAUCCUGAACCCACAUCAGAACCUCCUCCAGACAGGUGCAGCAGUAACCUGAUAUUUGAUGCGGCAACCUCCAUUCAGAGCAAUCUUUACUUCUUCAAAGAUGGACAUUUCUGGAAGAAGAGCAGCUCCUGGGACGGCAUCAGGACGAAGAAAAUUCAGUCUGUCUGGCCUGGAAUUAGCAAAGUUGAUGCGGCUUAUGGGUUUAAGAAAGGCAAUACUGCUAUUUUCUUUGAAGGAGAUCAUUACUGGGGGAUCAGAGGAAACACUGUCCAGCCUGGUUAUCCCAAACCUCUCAGAGACUUUGGCUUCCCUUCAUCUGUCACCAAGGUAGAUGCUGCUGUCCACGUCUCAUUUAUAGGCAGAACCCUCUUCUUUGUGGGGAACAAAUACUGGAGCUACAAUGAAAGGAGGGGCAGAAUGGAUGGGGGGUUCCCAAAAUUAAUUCACAGAGGUCUCCCUGGGAUUGGACGCAGAGUGGAUGCUGCUUUUGAGAACAGAGGGUACCUGUACUUUUCCUAUGGAUCCAGACAGACAGAGUACCACUACCAACGAAGAAGAGCACUGCGUACUCUGUUGAACUACAGAUGGAUGGAUUGCAACUAAAGAAACAAACACUGAAAUACACAUACGCUCACAUGGUCUACUCCGCUAAUCCUGAGUAUCUUAAGGGGGCUUUUCUGUAGAAAUCUGCAUAAAUCUGAAAAGGAAAUACAUAAUAUUCCUGGUGGCAGCAACUAAUGGCAUUGUCUUUUUUUCUUGCAUGCAUUAAUUAAAGAUGAUUGAAUAAAUCUUUCAAAGUGAAAAUAACAACAA